AUGAACGGCAUUACACGGUCUAUGGGUCUUCGAGUCCAAUUUGGACAGGGCAUGGGCAUUUCCAAGAUGCAAGGUGCCGGAUCAUGCAGCCCAUUGAGGCAGCAGUACGAGGAUAAGGAGGUAUCCCAUGAGGACUCCGCGUCGAGGCCCAGCGUCACGCUCAGCGAGCGCAUCAAAGAAUUGGAGCUGAGGAACCAGGAGCUCCGAGAAUGCUACGACGAGCUGGAGGAGCAAAAACACGAGAUUGAAAAAGAAAGGAAACGUUUUGCAAAGAAGGCAGGAGACCUGGAAAUCACACUGUAUAACAAGCGGGAGCAGCUUUGGGGCGAAAUUUCAGACUUACAGGACGCGCUUAAGGCCAAGAAGGAAGAGCUCCAGGAAGCCCUUGAAAGUCGAGCGAACCACCGACAAGCGGAGCGUAUACUGAGAGACGAACUCGGGUUUUUGCGUCGGCGUCUUCGAGACCAGGACGUCAGUCUCUCCCAAUCUACAAUCGAGUCGAAUGAGAAGGCGAGAGAAGCCAAUGAGAGAGAAGAACUGCUUCAAGAAAGCGUAAAGGAACUCGAACAGCGACUACAAGAUCAGAUUGAACUGAUAGGUGUCCAGCAAGCGCGUAUCGUGGAAGUUACGGCUGAAUCUAGUGAGAGAGCGAGAGACGCGUGUGAGAAGGAAUUAUUUCUUAAAGAGAAAAUUGCACAACUCAGUCAGCGUCUGACUGACCAAAGGAGAGCGUUCGAGGAAGAGCGUGCACAAUGGCAGCAACAAGCGCAGACAAGCCAGACUAACGGACAAGCUGAUCUUACCGCGUCGCUUGAAAGAGCAAUACCACAGCUACGGAGUCUCCUGAGUGCGUAUGAUCGAGUACAUGGGAGCGAAAAAUGCCCUCCACCCAGAGCUGAAAAGGGUCCAAUGAAAACGGCACACGUGACGCUCGGACAACCCAAUUUGCAGCAUCUGAAAGAGCAGGAACGCGCUUUUGUCGACGAGCGAGCUCAGAUACUGGAACAAGCUAAUGAUGCAGCAGAAACUCAGCGAGAGAUUACGCGACGGAACUUACUGGAGCGUGAGAAGCUUCCGCGCACUUCCCGAGCGCGCGGCCUCAGUCUACCGCCCGUGGCCGUCGUCAACGUGCAAGGACUACCGGUAGAGCCGCGCCUGCUACUUCACCGACGACUUCCUCUACCUCACGCCGUCGAGCAGCUAGUGCAGCACCAAGAGCUGUGUCAAGUAGUAUAG